AUGGACCUAUUUAGUGGUCCGAUUUUAGUCCUUUCUGCCAUUGCGGCACUAGCCUGUGCCGGCCAUGGAGCAACUAGCUACUUCAACUAUGUAGCUGGAUCCCCAACCAUUGGCCAUGGUCAUGGUGGUGGUGGACAUGGUGGCGGUGGCCAUGGAGGUGGUCAUGGGGGUGGAUUUGGAGGUGGUCAUGGAGGAGGACAUGGAGGAGAUCACGGUCACUUGACCUUUGUUGCUACUCCAGUUGUCGUAAGUCACGGUCAUGGUGGUGGUCAUGGCGGCGGACAUGGUGGAGAUGGUGGACACGGUGGAGGUGGUGGACAUGGCGGAGACGGUCAUCAUGGACACCCCCACUACGAGUACAGUUACGGAGUCAAAGAUCCCCACACUGGUGACCACAAAUCCCAACACGAGGAACGCGAUGGGGAUAAAGUAAAGGGAUACUACACUGUGUCCGAACCCGAUGGUACUCAUCGUACUGUUCAUUACACUGCCGAUAAGCACAACGGAUUCCAAGCUGUUGUGGAGAAAUCUGGACACGCUGUACAUCCCGAUCAUGGGCAUCACACGGCAUUCGUUGCUACUCACGUUCAUGAUGGCCAUGGUGGUCAUGGGCACGGUCACCAUUAA